UCCCCGGCGACCGCGCUCUCUCCCCAAAUAAAAGCCCGGGCGCUGCAGGAGCGGAGCUGCCUGCGGGAGCCCAGACCCCGCCAUGGAGCUGCUGCGCGCCGCCGUCCUGGGCGUCUUCCUGGUGCUCCAGGCACAGCCGGAGGCCGCCAUGGAGGACCUGGACCGGGAGAAGCUCGCGGGGUUCUGGAGGGAAGUCGGUGUGGCCUCGGACCAAAACCUGGCCCUGAAGGCGCCGAAAAGGGUGGAGGGCUUGUUCCUCACCCUGAGCGGGAGCAACCUGACCGUGAAGGCUGCAUAUAACAACUCAGGAAGCUGUGAGACAGAAAACAUAGUGGGCUCAGAAAUAGACGUUUCAGGGAAAUUUGCUUUUCCUGGCCACAGGGAGAUCCACGUGCUGGACACGGACUACCAGGGCUACGCGAUCCUGAGGGUGUCCCUGCGCUGGAACAACAGGGACUUCCAUGCCUUCAAGUACUUCACUCGGAGCCUGGAGGACGAUGACCCGCCGGGGUUCUGGAAGUUCCGAGAGCUGACGGCGGACACUGGCCUCUACCUGGCGGCCCGGGCCGGGAGGUGCGCCAAGCUCCUGAAGCAGGAGCGGAUUUAGCAGAGCAUCCGCUGCAGGACGGUGCCCGAGAUGCACCGACCUCCGCCCCCCCCGCCUCUCCCGGCC